AUGAUAAAGAACGGAGAAACCGACCCGGACAAAUUCUUGUUCAGAAUUCAAGCCAUUUCUGCAGCAGUUCAAGUUUUUGUUUCAUUCAUUAUUGGAGAUAUUGCUGCAUUUUUUGGGUCCAUCAAAUGGGUAAUAGUUGGACUUUACUUUUUAUCGUUUGUGGGUAAUUUUUUGUAUUCAUGCGGCGGUGCAGUGUCGCUAAACACUUUGCUCGGUGGGCGUAUUAUCUGCGGUGCAGCAUCUGCUUCUGGUGCUAUAGUGUUCAGUUACAUCACAUCAAUCGCACGAGACAGAGGUAUCGUUUUCAAGCUUCUAUCAAUUUAUCGAACAGCGGCCGGUAUCUUCAUGGCGUUAGCGCAAUUAAUUGUCAUAUUUUUUGGAUAUUGCGAUUUCAAAAUUAAAGGAUACCGAAUUGCCUCUUACAACGCACCGACAUUUGCCUCUAGUUUCAUAAUUCUUGCAGUAUGCGUUCUAUUAACCAUCGUUUUGGAAAAUCCUAAGGUAAAAGUUUCAAAUUCGGAAAAUAACAGCCUUUUCAGUGCUCUGAGGCAAUUCUUUAGCGUUAAAAGAGAAAAACUUAUCUCCUGCUUGAUUCUACUAUGGAGCAUGUUCCUAUCAUCAUUUAUUAUGAGUGAAGUAGUUUACUUUAUGCCAGUAUUCCUAACGCUCCAUGUUAACUGGGACACCAAGUUUCAAGGCAUAGCGUUUAUGGCCGCAUCUAUACUUGGUGUCGCUGGAAGCUAUUUCGCUCCAAAGUUGAUAAACAUCGGAUGCCCCUGCGACAGGGCCAAAGAGGACGGUUUAGACGAGUCAGAGACGACUGGAAGUGAGACCGCUGAGGAAAAGAAAAAAGAUUCCUUGUACAGCGGUCAAGUCUUUCUGUCCGUCUCUGCAUUAUUUGUUUCAUUACUGGGACAAGCUUUUAUGAUUGGAGCAUCCGAAGCCUUGAAGCAUAAAUCAAUUCCAUCCACAAACUGUGGUAUAUUUUUUUCAGCUGGAAUGUCGAUUACAUUGCUAGGUUAUAACUUUUUGUCCUCGAGCAUUCCAGCCCUUUUUUCCAUGUACAUCGACCCGAAACUCAAGGUCCAUUUAAUGCCUUCAAUUGGAGCCAUCUCCGGGAUUGGUAAACUGGUGGCACCAAUUGUGUUGGCCGCUCUUUAUGAUACAAGAUUGGGGCUUUCAAUUGCGGUUGGAUUUGGUAUGAUUUUGGUAGCUUUCUCAAUUCCACCACUAAUUUGGCUCAAGAAAAAAAGGUGUUAA